GAAUACCGAGCACUUCUUCCCAUAUAGCCGGAAACAUCUGUCUGGAAUUAAAAGUAUGACGCAGAAGACGCGGAAUAGCGAAACGUGACCUGUCAUGUCGGAUGUAUCGGUAGUCAUUUGUUAUAUUUAUAUUUAUAGGAAAACAUUGAAGCUGAUUUGACCUCACUUUGCCUCGAACUGUACUUCCGUGUUGUGUGUUAUCGCAUUUACAUGUGCGUGAUAUUGUAGCUAUAUAUACAUAUACAAAUACGUUAAAGGGGCGAUAGCUAUUCGCCAUAUUUGUUUGUUGUAUUGUCAAAACUCGUCCGGAAAGCCUGGGUCUGUCCCAGGCGUGCAGAGGGAGGUUGACGCUAUGGGUGCAACCCAGAGCUCGGCUCCAGCUGCAGGACCCUCAGAAGAACACCUGUUCCCGGUUCCUCUGGACAUCCUGGAGGAGAUCUUCCUGAAUCUCCCCGCCCAGCAGGUGGUUUGUGUUUGCCGGUUAGUUUGCCGUCAGUGGGGGCAAGUGGCCGACAUUGAGUCUCUGUGGAGAGAGAGAUGUCGAAGGGAGGGAUACCGCCUCCGCGAGGCCUCCAGAACCCCCAAAGACUGGCGGUUGUUUUACUUCCUGUGCAAGAAGAGGAGGAACCUUCUCAAGAAUCCGAAAGGAGAAGAUAAAAUGAAGAACUGGCAGAUACUUGAGAACGGCGGCGACCAGUGGAAAGUGGAGGACGUGUUGGUGCCACAUCCGAAUGAGACGGUCCAGCAAACCUUUGUCACGUCUUACGAGAUGUGCAGGAAAUCGCAGCUGAUUGAUUUGUGGGUGGAAGGUUACAACUCGUUGUUUAUGGAUCAUUUCCAGCCAGCCAUCAAAAUAUCUGAUUGGUACGCCCCGCGAUGGGAUUGUGGCAGCGAAUAUGAGAUCCGGGUGGAGUUGCUGAAUCGAAGAAAGAAAGCGGUGCGGACGUUCGCUCCCGACACCGUUCACUUCGAGCAGUGGAACGAUCAUCCGUGGAAUCAGAUGACCCAUGUAUUCCAGGACUAUGGACCAGGAGUGAGGUACGUCCGUUUCUCCCACGGAGGCAAGGACACGCAGUUCUGGGCCGGAUGGUACGGGAUACGUGUCACCGACAGCUGUGUGGAGAUAUGUCCAGCAGUGGACGCGUAGAUCUUUAGGUAUUCGCUGACUGCCUGCAUAAAAAAAAAGUACACCUACUUUGUGGAAAUUGCACCAAUUGCUAUUUUCCUUUUAUAAUCUGCAGUCAUUUGACAUGUUGAAGUAACGUGUGUUUUUUCUUCUUCUCGCAAGAGACGAUGAAUACUAUAUGUGGAUCAGUUUCUUGAUGAGAUGUAGGUUUCAUCGCGAGGAGAUGCCACUUAGUAACGAGGCAGAGCCGGUCCCCAAAGCGGAUUCUCUGGCUCUGAUGUCUGUUUACGUCUGUCGUAGGCUGAGGACACACCAGCGUUUUAUGAAGGGCACCUUCGGGUGAUGUGCAAUUUUUUUCAGACAAGUUGCGACAUCCGUGAUGAGGCCAGAAUUAAUGUCACAUGGCAAGAAAUACAAAAUGAAUUUCUCACAUCAGAAGGGAUUCCGUCUAUAAAUAUUAACACUGCAGCACUAUAACAAACAAGCCUUAAAUGUACAUUAUAUGAAUAUUUAGACUGGCCUGUAAAUGUGUACGUUAUGAUGCGGAGAAGUUGUAUUGGGAAAACUAUAAUCUGUGAAAAAUGUAUACAGGUCUAUCACUUUCAAUAAUAUAACCAUCAAACCAGACAACACGUAGUAUUUGAAGUUAGGUUUAUUGUGGUGCUUUAUCACAAGCAAGGUACAAUACAACUUUGAUGUCAAAUUGAAUAAAAUUCCAAAGAGUAACUUGUUCUCUCAACAUUU